AGUUACCGAAUCUCAGCGAGAAAAUCAUCAUGUCUGGAGGAACUUACAACGAGAAUUUUGGCAAAAAUAUGUUCCAAUAUGGCCAAUCAAGAGUUCCAAGCUACUCGAGAAACCACCCGAUGAUUCCGAGGCUGUAUGUACAGGAAUGGAAAACCGACAUGAGGAACCGUGAACUCAUAAACAAGAAUGCCGAGUUGGGAAGAAUUCCUCAUUAUGAACACGAUGAAAACCUCUUUCUGGACAAACGAGAACAGAUGAGCUAUAAUGUAGAAGAUCGACACCGAGUAGAUUCAAAAUACAAAAUGCCCUCCCGAUCUAAACUACUCCGUCCAAAUUUCCACCAUGAAACAUCCAAGUAUCAGAGUUCCUUAAUGUUCAGAACUGAUAAAGAGUUGGUAUAAAAGUUAGUCGGAAUAGUGGCAUGGAAGACUGGAAGCGUUUGAGAAGCUGAAAAUUUAUAACCCGAAAGGAAGUCCAAUCUUUGAUUUUAUGAAAAUACGUACCGAGGUUUCAACUCAACCAAUUUUUUCCUUUGAACGAAAAACAUUUCGAAGAGAAGUACAUUUUUACAUUUCGUCGACAAAAAUCAAACAUUUUCAUUAUCAAUUGCAAUGUAUGAAAAUUUAGUGAAAUUAAAAAUUUUCUUCGAUUUUUGAUCAACCUUGUUAGAAAAUUUAUUAUGGUAAAAACUCAAUGUCACAAAUUUGGUGGGAAAUUACAAAUCUUUUCUUUUAAAUGAAUGGUUGUUUUUGAUAUCUUUAUUAACAUAUUGAAAUAUUGAAACUGUCGGUACUAUUUUGAAAUUUGAUUGCGUUGUUUAUAUUAAUGAUUAAUAUAACAGUUGGAAGGGAGGUUUCGUGUGUGAUAUUUUUGUUAUAUUAUUGUAUUCAAACAUGUUAAUUGAAAACAGUAUUAAUUUAUUUUGACAUUUAUUGUUUGUAUUGAUCUAUUUAUUAAUUUAUGAUUUUAUAAAUGCCUUCUAAAGGUCAUUGUCUAAUGUUUUAUUAUAUACUGCACGUGCAUUUUGUCUCUUGACCUAUUAAUCUAUUUAUAUUGUGUAUAUAUUCCAAUAGUAAAUGUUUUGAUUAAAACUAUAAUAUGUGGAAUUUA